GCAUAAAGCAACAAUGCAAUCGUAAAACCAAAUCUCCAUUGAAAAUAAGGUUAGUUCACCCUCGCGCUUCGAAGUUUCAGUACGAAUUGUCGUGUCAAGCGCACAGGAAGCUCCCUCCCAUCCAUAUCGAUCUCGUCGUCGUAACCCGGAUCGGAUUCGGAUCGGAUCGUAGUACUCGGAUCGUAUAUAUAUAUAUACAUAUAUAUCCAAGCAAACUAUCUCAAAUGACGAACGAUCGCAUGUGGACAAACAAUUAAAUGUCAUAGAGAAGAGAAGAAGAGAAGAGACAAGAAACAUAAACAAAACAAAGAGUGGAAAGAAAACAGAGAAACAACACGGAAUGACGGCCAACGAAGCAAUAUCGGAGGAGACGAUGCUGAGGAAGCAGAGCAUAACGCCACCGGAGCCCACAACGCCAUCGUCCACCGUCUCCACCGGUUCGGAGUCGGAGCUGAGCGAGAUAUUCUUUGUGGAGAACAGCCGGCGGAAGCAGAGCAUCAAGAUCCAGGUGAAGCUCUGCCCGGAGGGGGUGUACCUGCGCCGGGAGACCGACGAGGAUGAUCACAUCAACGAGCAGCUGAUCCGGAUAGACGACAUCAUCGGGUCGAGGUAUGGGCCGCGUCUGAAGAAGAGGGCCCGGGGUGGACUCAACUCGUGCAAGAACCCCAACGGACCCGGGCAGGAGGCGGCGCCGGAGCCGGAUAGCGACAACAGUGCCUAUCUGUACAUCUAUGCGUAUCUGAAGAAGGAGAAGCCACUGCGCCGGGUCCAGACGUUGCGGAUACUGCGCUUCCGGUCCAGCAACGAUUACGGCGUGAAUCUGAAGACGGCGGAGACCUGGCACCACACCAUCCGGCAGCACAAGCGCACCAGUGGCUCCAGCUCACCGGCGGACACCGGGAAACAGCUGCUGAUCCUCCUGAAUCCCAAGUCUGGAUCGGGCAAGGGACGGGAGCUGUUCCAGAAGCAGGUGGCCCCACUCCUGACCGAGGCCGAGGCGCAGUACGAUCUGCAGAUCACCACACAUCCCCAGUACGCCAAGGAGUUUGUCCGGACGCGCAAGGAUCUGCUGGAACGGUACUCCGGGAUUGUGGUGGCCUCCGGGGAUGGGCUCUUCUACGAGGUGCUGAACGGCCUGAUGGAGCGCAUGGACUGGCGGCGGGUGUGUCGGGAGCUUCCCCUCGGCAUCAUACCCUGCGGCUCGGGGAAUGGCCUGGCCAGGAGCGUGGCCCACCAUUGCAACGAACCGUACGAACCGAAGCCCAUCCUGAACGCCACCUUGACGUGCAUCGCCGGCAAGAGCACACCCAUGGACGUAGUGAGGAUCGAGCUGGCGCCGCGGGACAAGCACUAUGUGCUGUACUCCUUCCUGUCGGUGGGCUGGGGCCUGAUAGCCGACAUCGAUAUCGAGAGCGAGCGCCUCCGGUCGAUUGGUGCCCAGCGCUUCACCCUGUGGGCCAUCAAGCGGCUCAUCACCCUGAGGACCUACAAGGGAAAGGUCUACUACCUACGGGCCACCACUCAGCCGCCAAAGAAAUCCGAGCCCGUGGUGGAGGUGGCCAAGGAGGCCAAAGAGGCCGAUGAGGCCGUGCAACUGCCCGCCACUCGAUCAUCGCUGCCAGUGACCGCCACCGAGUUCCGGGACCUGCCAGAGGAGGACGAGGACCUGGACGCCGAUCACUUCUCCGAUGCCAUAUCCCUGGACAGAUCGGUCUACCGGCAGCACGCCGACAGCUGGCACUCGGCCAUGUCCCGGCGCACCGCCUACUACUCGCUGGGCGGACCCAGUCUGCGCUCCAACCGCAGUCGGAUGAGCAUCACCCAGCGCAUCGAGGCGGCCAAUGCGGAGUUUGCGGAACUGGUCCCCACUGGCACCAUACCCGGCCUCCAGGUGCCCCUCUCCCCCGCCGACGGUUGGGUCUGCGAGGAGGGUGACUUCGUCAUGGUGCACGCCGCCUACACCACCCACCUCUCGUCGGAUGUGUUCUUCGCCCCGGAAUCCCGACUGGACGACGGUCUCAUCUACCUGGUGAUCAUCCGGAGUGGGGUGAGUCGCCACCAGCUGGCCAACUUUAUGCUGAGCUUGAAUACCGGCACCCAUCUGCCCGUCGGCGAGGAUCCCUUCAUCAAGGUGGUGGCCUGUCGGGCCUUCCGGAUCGAACCCACUGGUUCCGAUGGCAUACUAGUGGUGGACGGUGAAAAGGUGGACUAUGGACCGAUCCAGGCGGAGGUUAUGCCAGGUCUGAUCAAUGUGAUGACCACCAGUGGUGGUUAGUAGUACUGGGAACUGGAACACCCCUCCUUUUAGAGAUGAUACCUUUCCCAAUUUUGUACUAUAUAUUGUACUAUAUACUGUACUAUAUAUAUAUAUAUAUAUAUAUAGUGAUUAGGUAAUAACCAACAAAAUCUUGCCCGUCUCAACCUCGGAAACAACAUUCCAUCACAUCUAUAUACUUUUUUUUUUUAUAUAAACAUACCUAUAUACCUAUACCUAUAUAUAUAUAGUGUUUUUUUUUUGUAAUCCAAUCGGUUGAUAGUGUUACCGAUAUUGUUAAUUAUUUUAAGACCCAUUACACUUAGAGAAAUAAAGUGAAAUUCCAAAAAAUAUACUAAAA